GACUUAUCUCAUUUCCGGAAAACAGCUUCAGCCCUUCCAUAUUUCGGUGUUGCUUGUCGGUACUGUGGCUAGUAAUGACCGAAUUUAUCAAAUUACUUUUAAUUUCAGAAUGUAUUAAUGUAAUUGAGCCACUUCUAACGGCCUAAGGUCGUACGAAAGUGCUACUUUACCUUCCAGGCUGAUUGGGUUAGCGCUGGCACAGGGCUAGCUAACUUUGCGACUUUGUGCUAGCGUAGGUGGCAACGCAAAGUCGUCUCAUCGCACCAGUUUUCCACAUAAACGACCGAUUUUUUACAAAUAAGUUCCCGAGUAAAGACUCUAGUGGUGUUGACGUAAAGCCCAGACACAGUGCUAUAAAGUGUGAGCUGAAAGUCGAACGCUCAAAUAAAUCGUAUCACUUUUCGCUCAUUUCAAAAGACAGCUGAAACGGCAGUAUAUACUGCCGACAUGAUGGAUUUUGACAACGUAUUAACAAUCGCCACUCAAAACCAAGGGAGUGUACAGAAAAGAUACAGUUUACAAGUUGGUCCACCCAAAAAGGAUGCGAGGUCAAAAGGUGUAAAUCCUGCCGCAGUGCAGGCACUCCUGAAGAGGCGACAACAUGAAGCCAGACUGAAAGAAAGCGAAAUGAAGAAGCAGAAGCAGGAUCUUGUGGCGAAAAGGGUAGAGUUGAAGUCCGAUCGUAAAGCGAGAGCCAUGGCUUCCAGAACGAAAGACAACUUCCAUGGUUACAACGGCAUUCCAGUGGUAGAACCCCCGAAGAAGAGGAGAACUAAGGAGGAAAUGGAGAAAUCAAGAAAAGAUGUAACAUUUCAAAAUGUACUCGACCCAGAGGACGAUGAGGACAAUUACGAGUACGAGCAGACAGACUCAGAGCCUGAUCAAGAUCCAGAACCAGUAAGACCCAUAAAAACGUCAGCUUUCAGUAGUAGCAGUACCUCCAAGCUCUCCCCUAAAAAACCUAGCGGACCACCGAAGCCUUCUUCAUCCUCGCUGAACUUUGCAGAUCUGCUGAAAUUGGCCGAAAAGAAGCAAUACGAACCAGUGGAGUUAAAACCCAAAGCAACGAAGGAAGAAAGACUCCGCACAGCCGAAGAGAUAAGGGAACUCGAGAUCGAACGAAGGGCAAAGCGGCGAAUCAAAGACCCUACGACUCAGUCCAGUUCCACCGCAGUCAGGAAAAACCCGUCUGAGAAGGAGCAGAAGAAUGGUAAACCACAAAAGAGCUCAUCGCAAAGACCUAGUCAGCCGUGUGGAACGAAGAAGAAGCCUCAGUCUACACCUUCUUCUAAGACCCCCGUUGGUGAGAGAGACAGACCCAAGACUGUAGUACCCUCCAAGGCCGCAUCUUCUCAGGUUUCAACCAAACAAGGGGUCCCUAAGCCUUCAUCUAGUAAUACAUCCAUCAUUUCAAGUGAACUUAGAUUAAAAAAGGAAAGCUCUUCAUCCGUUCAGGGAAGACCUUCAGGUCCACCUCAAUCCAGACCUUUUGGUUCAUCUGUCAGAGAUCUCAAAUCUCCGAAUGGUAACCCACAAAGAACUAAACCUACUCAGGGUAGCUCAUCGAAGCAGGAACACACAUUUGCCAAGUCUGGAAGAGGAGAACCACAAAGAUCUGGAAACCAACCCUCGGUAAAAUCUAGUAGCAGUUCUGUGGUUAGACCUUCUUCAAGUGGCCGUCCUAAAGAAGGGAAUAGACCUCAGCCGAGGCCAAUGGGGACACCCCAGACCAAAGCUGGUGUCGGUAGCUUACACGGUCACCCAGCAGGUACCGCAGGCCGGCCGCCAGGGUUCGCACAGGGUCGAGGUACCGGUGGAGGAUCGUUGCCCAACAGGAAACCGUCGGGCAGCUUCGGAUCUGGGCCUGGGAGACCCAAGUGCACGGUGGUAUCCGAGACAAUCUCAUCAAAGAAUAUGAGUGGAACCAGACCGGGAGCUCCUUCUCGACCGGGGAUGCAACAGAUACCCAGACCGGGAGGUCCGACCAGACCGCUGAAUAGACCCCCAGUGUAUCCUCCAGGAACCAUGUUACCGCCCAUCACCAUCGCAUAUAAGAGAAAAUACGAAGAAGAAGAUGAAUAUGAUUCAGAAAUGGAAGAUUUCAUCGACGAUGGAGAUGACGAGCAGGCAGAGGUUUCCAGACACAUUAAGGAAAUCUUUGGCUAUGACCGAAGCAAAUACAAAGAUGAAAGUGACUAUGCUCUUAAAUUCAUGGAGAGCAGCUGGCAAGAUAUGCAGAAAGAAGAAGCAAAGAGUCUCAGAAUGGCCGUGCAGGAAGAUCUAGAGGAGGAGAAAAAGGAGCAAGAGGAGAUGAGAAUGAAGAAUGCCAAAAGGAAAAAAACAAACUGAUGCACUUUAAAACUAUUGUAAUGGACAAUUAAAAAAAAAAAAAAAGCGUCCUGUCACCUGACCAGCAACAGGACCACCCGGUGUGACAUUUUCACAUGGCAAUCACAAAAACCGUUUUGUGUUAUUUGCACUUCCCUCUCUUUUGAGUGACACAUGACACUGGAAGAUUUGCGUUUUUCUUUCAAAUCAAAUCCAGAGAUAACAUUUAAAUCAGAAUAUAUAGAGAAAUGUUUAUUUAGUGUUUAUUUAGGCUGUAGUGAAACAUUCAGUUUCUUUCUUUUCCCCUGUUAUUUAUUUCCUUGUCAUUGCAAAGUCCUAUUUCCUAAAAAAAAAAACCCCAUAACGUUUCAGAUUUUGAGUGCGGAGGAGUGGUAUUGUCUCUUUUUAAGAUGGACUAUACAUAAAUUGGCAUAAAAUGUCAGCUGCCAGUGUCACACAUUUCACUCAAUUGAUUGCAAAGUCAGUUGACCCACAGAAAACAUUUGUAAAUUUGUGUUCCUUUUUAAAACAUUUUCAAACAAAGCUUUGC